UCAGGAAAAAAUAAAAUAGAACUAGAGUUGGAAAACAACAGCACUACUAUAGAAUGCAGCAAUAUAACCACAUACAUCGUCUCCAAGACAACAAGGGACAUAGUCUGUCGUGCAGGGGAUAUAAGUGACAAGCUCAUCAUUAAAAUACCAGCUGGUCAAGUUAUUUGCUCCUUGUUUAUAAGUGGAGGUAGAAAUGUGGCAUUUAAUCAGACUGCUGCCCAGACUAGUGAUUACAGUAAAUCAUCCAAGGCAGGCAAGGCAGUAGACGGAAAUACGGAAAGCGUAUUUACAAAAGGAAGCUGUACACACACGGCGAGCACAGACAAAAAUCCCUCAUGGAAUGUCACAUUUGUUCAAGAGUCAAAUAUCCACACGUACGUCUUGUAUAACAGGAAAGUCAACCGAGAGCGACUUCAGAAUUUUGCAUUGACAAGUGGCGUGAACAAAGACCCAACUUUCACCUACACUGAGAACAGUGGACAGACGAAAAGUAUGUAUCAGAUAUCCACACUGGCAAGACCGGCGUCCUAUGUAAAGAUAUCUGCAGGUGGCAAGAGUAACCCGAGAAUUCUCAUUUUAUGUGAGGUUUUCAUUUUUGGUGAUUCCAUCUGUGGAGGUUUGAAAUACGGACCAGAAUGUUCUAAAAGCUGCAACUGUUUGGAUGAGGAUGAAGUUUGUUUUGUUGCCACUGGAGGAUGUGCUUCAAGCUGUGCUGCUGGAUUUCAUGGAGAAGAUUGUCAGACAGGUGAAGGGAUUUGCCCUAGUUGUACAAUAUUGUUUGGUGAUAAGAAAAUUUGA